UUGCUGCUCUAUUUCCGUAAUAAUUUGUCAUCGUCACCUUGUUCCCGGGAAAAUCCUUGCCUCUUAUAGCGGAGAAAAGGUUCCCCAUCUAAAACUGGCCUCUGUGGGAAAAAACAAAAGAGCCACGAAAUCGUAGAGGGCCUGAGGCCAGAGUGACGUCGACCGCCCAAAAGCGGCGACGGGCUGUGGGUGGGAACUGGGAAGUCGAAGAAGUGGGGUUCCUUCUCCUUGACGCCCUUCUCUUUCUUCCCCUUUUCUGUCUAUCACGAUCGGUUCUUUGUAGUUUGUUCCACUAUCUUCAUUGACCGCUGCUCAAUUCUGUCCUGGUUCUGAUCUUGGAGGGAUGGGGAGCACAUCCUCGAUGCUUACUCAGUAUGACAUCGAAGAAGUUCAGGAGUACUGCCGCAAUCUCUUUUCGCAGCAAGAAAUUGUUUCGCUUUAUCAGAGAUUUUGCCAACUUGAUAGAAAUGCAAAGGGUUUCAUCUCAGCAGAUGAAUUUCUCUCCGUUCCGGAGUUUGCUCUUAAUCCGCUUUCGCAGAGGUUGCUGCGGAUGAUUGAUGGGUUGAACUUCAAAGAUUUCGUUGCAUUCUUGUCGUCCUUUAGUUCUCGUGCGAGUCUCCAACAGAAGAUCGAGUUUAUCUUCAAAGUUUAUGAUUCGGACUGUAACGGAAAGGUGACAUUUAAUGACAUAUUGGAGGUGUUGAAGGAUUUGACUGGAACAUUCAUCUUGGAGCGGCAAAGAGAGCAUGUCCUUACUCGUGUGCUGGAGGAAGCUGGCUACUCAAAGGAAACUUCUCUAGGAUUGGAUGAUUUUAUAAAGAUUCUUAGCAAAUCUGGCCUAAAGAUGGAGGUUGAGGUCCCUGUGGACUAGGUGUAAACAGGAGCAUGGCUGUUGGUACUUCGGAUUACACAUAUUUCUUGGGUUGCUCGAUCAUUUUCUUGAAGAUUAAGUGUUUUCAGGUAGCAAAUCUUUCAUGCUUUUGCUUUUUUGGAUGUCUCCAUCAUGGUAUGGAAGGGAGGGAAUUCCUUGCAUGUAAAUUCAAAAGUUGUUUGUCUGCGUUCUGUUGGUUUCUUUCAUUUUACCUUGAACAGAAAAAAAUUAUUAUAAUGUGCAAUCUUCGAGUGCUUCCUCACAAA